AGGAGAAAACAAGGACUUUUAUUCUGUCGUUGUGUUCUGCGGUUCUCCGUGCUCGCGCGCGUCACCUCCUGAAGUUCCGUGUUUGGUAGAGAAAGAAAGAGAGAGAGAGAAAUAAAGAGAGAAAGAAAGAAAGAAAGAAAGAGAGAGUCCAGCUCCGCUUUAAUCACGGAUCUGUAACGGUUUCUGAAGGAGCUGCGUGUUUACUCGGUGUUUUAGGAAACCGGAAGUGGCAGGCGUCACGCGCUGCUGAGCUAGAACCACCUGAAUCCGGGGCGCGCAGUGAGUUAUAACGCGUCCUCCAGGCGUUAUUAGAGCCGCGGUGAUGUCGUUCCGCAGGGCGGUGAAGCUGGUGUGCGGGGUCGCGGGAGGAUCUGCGGUGGUGGUCGCGUGCGCGUAUUUGGCGGAUAGACACCGGGAGGUUGUGCGGUUUAACCCGGGACUCAGUGGCGUCCUGCAUGCAGCUCAACCCAGCGCCUAUAACUCCCACAGCUGGGAUUAUAACUGGGAUAAGAGAGAGCCGUCCUCCGUCACCAGCACGAAGAGGAGAGGAAGCGUGGGAGACGAGAACGGCGUGGAGGCGGAGAACAACAAACCCACAGCCACGCGCCACAUCUUCCUCAUCAGACACUCGCAGUACAACCUGAACGGCAGCAGCGACAAGGAGAGGAGGCUCACGCCCUUAGGUCGUGAUCAGGCGGAGCUGACGGGACAGAGGUUGGCGUCUCUCGGGCUGAAAUACAACAUGCUGAUCCACUCCAGCAUGGCACGGGCCACCGAGACGGCUCAGAUCAUCAGCACACACCUGCCGGGAGUGGAGAUGGUGAGCUGUGAUCUGCUGCGAGAAGGAGCUCCGAUUGAACCUGUUCCUCCUGUCAGUCACUGGAAACCUGAGGCUGUGCAGUACCACGAGGAUGGCGCUCGAAUCGAGGCGGCGUUCCGGCGCUACGUCCACCGAGCCGACCCCAAGCAGAAGGAGGACAGCUACGAGAUCAUCGUCUGUCACGCUAACGUCAUCCGCUAUUUUGUGUGCAGAGCUCUGCAGUUUCCUCCUGAGGGCUGGCUGCGUUUGGGGCUGAAUAACGGGAGCAUCACGUGGCUCACGAUUCGUCCGAGCGGCAGGGUGGCACUGCGGGCGCUGGGAGACUCCGGCUUCAUGCCCCCCGACAAAGUGACGCGCACCUGACCCCCCUGAUCCACUUCUGAACCAGAACCGUCCGAAUCAGAACCUGGUCUUUGGCCGCACAGAGAGCACAUUUCCUGUGUUUAGUGAUUCGUAUUCCUGACCACCUGAUGAUUAACUCAUCACAGAACCAGAAGGGCAAAGUGACUCAGUACUGAAUCAUGUCUGAUCUGACUCUGAUUCAGCAUUGGUUCAUCUUUGUCCUGAACGGUUUCUGGUUCAGUUUUUAUCUCUUUUCCGUUUGGACUCUGACUCGGGUUCAGAGUCAUUUCACGUCUCAUGUUUGGAUUCCGUUUUGGUGCCUACACGGUUCUGAUCCGAUUCUGAUUCACAGUAUCCGAUCUGAUUCAGAUUUCGUUCUUUUCUCUAUUCCGAUUUGGUCCUGAUUUGGUUCUAGAGUGAUUCCGAGCACUCGGUACGUUCGGCUGCUCAAACCCGAAUCCCGGUCUGAAGUUUGUACCAUUCGAAGCGAUUAAAUCUCUUCAGCACGUUGUGACAGAUCUGCGGUAUAUCUGAUCAAAUCCCUGUCCUGAAUUCUCCUUGGCUUAACUCCUUCAGUGUGUUUACAGCGUGUUUACAGCGUGUUUGUGUUGUGGUGGUGGUGUGUGUGUGUGUGUGUGUGGGUACAGUAUUGGUGUUUUUAUAUCCUAUUGUACGAGUCUGGAUUAACGAGGAAGCGUUAGUGAUUGUUCUUCCUGAAUGCAGACUCGGUUCAUAAACGAGAGAAAACCAGCAUGGUGUUUAUAUUUAUCUGGAUCUGUUUAUUUCACUUUAGAACCCCGAUCGGGACGCUUUUCAGGAAAUACCGACUCCUGAUCGUUCUUUUUAAACAGCGAGGUGCAGAAACACAUAAAAACCCAGAGGCCUUGAUGUGGAUCAGGAGAUCUGCUCGUCUGUCCCUCAAUCCCAUAAUGCUCUUCAGAGAGCGUGAACAUGCGACGAGGGAAAAUCCCAAAUCUCGCGCUCCUCCGGCGUUCCGUCAGUUCAGUGAUUUUAUUUUAAUCCAGAUGUUUCAUGUCUCGGUCAGUAUCAGCACACACCUCGACCUUAAAUCCAGAUGUUGUUCUGAAAGCCAGCACUCGGGGUGUGUGAGAUGUCAUGUACGGAUCGCGCUCGUCAGCAGGAGAACACGGCCGGGAUUGGGAUCAGUCAUGUCUGGACACUUUGUUGCAGUUUUCUUUGUUGUGACUUCAAUUAAAUUCUAACUUCAGAUUCA